AUGUCACAGUACGGAGGAGCUCCAAAACCGCCCGCUGUUUGGGGUGCCCGGCCGGCAGGAAUGCCAAACCCCGGCAACCUCUACGCGGCGGCCAACCAGCAAUUGUUGAACAUGAAUGCAAUGGGUCACCCUGGCAUGAUGAACCUCAGCGGAAUCGUCAACCAGGCGGCCUUUGGUGGCCCGCAAGUCUCCACGGCUAUGGGCCUCGUCGGCAUGAAUCCGCUGGCCGUUGCUCAGGCACAACAGGCCCCACAAGCUCGAGCGCCACAGCCAACUCAACAAAUGCCCGCGCAAGUCCAGCCCGUCGCCGCCAACAAAAGCCAGCGCACCUUCAUCGGUCGUGUCACCAAGAUGCACGACACGUACGGCUUCGUCGACGAAGACGUCUUUUUCCAGUCGAAUGUCGUUCGCGGUCCGAUGCCGCGCAGCGGAGAUAAAGUCAUGGUUGAGGCCAACUUCAAUCCGAGCAUGCCCUUCAAAUGGAAUGCCUAUCGCAUUCAGGUCAUGAACGAUGGCGCUCCGCAGCAACAACCACCAGCACCAGCUUUUGCUCAGCAACCUGCCUUCCCUGCGAGACGUGAAACUCCUACUGGACCCCGUCAAUCGCAACGCUCGCCCCCGCCACCUCGUCGCAGCUCUCCGGUGAAGCGACGUGAGCCUUCGCCCCGACGGGAGCCACGCGAAGAUCGGAAGCGAGAGCGUGAACGUUCCCCUCCGCCGACGCGUACGGGCAGCGUUGUUCCUUCCAGUCGACGUGAUUCGGCCUCGCCUCCUCGACGCCGCCAACGUAUUAUCCCGCGUUACGUAUGCAAUCUGCCCAAGCCCACACCAGUCGGCAAUACCACCGCCAUCUACCUGAAGAAGCGCUACACACAGAUCUACGUCCCCUCCGACUUCUGCGAUUUUCGUGUUGACUGGACGGCGGUGUCGGCCAGCAAUUUCCUGGACUUCACCUAUCCGAUUCAAUUCCACGUGCUCCAAAAGGAGGUUGAUCCUCUUGAGGAGCUGCCGCCGCUUGAGCCGGAUGAUGCUGACCAUCGUUACCAAGUCAAGGUUCUUCUACUCGCACACGCUGGUCGCACUGCGAUCAACCAAAAAGCAUACGGCCUAGCAAAAGACGGUGCUUUGGAUGACACCUACGAUCCUCAGGACUUGUUCAAGGGCAUUUCUUUCCUCACGGGUAUCCGAAACAAGGAGAACGUUCCAUUGGGUGGCAGCUACUCUCCAUCGCUCGACGGUCCCGACCCACUAUCGCUGGGCACAAUGAUCAAGACGGCUGUUCGAUGCGUGAAGGCACUCACUGGACUCGACCUCUCCAAUUCUGCCCAAUGGUUUCAACUUGGCCAGUUGCGCUACUUCCGCACGGAGAAGGACCGCCUCGACCGCAUCACCCUGCUGCUACCAACUAGCGCCGAACUGCAGCCCACCGACGAGCAGUUCGCUGCCCAGUCGGACGCACUGCGUCAGCAGCUCGCUGGACGGUUGGCCGCCCUUGAGGCGCCUUCCAUUGCAGAGCCGAUCAAGACGAGCGAACCCGCCGCCGCCACCACUACAGCCCCGAACCAGGAAAGUCUUGAGACAACCACGCCAUCGAAAGAUGUGGAGAUGGAAGAUGAAGGGGAAGAUCCGACACAUUGGAGCAAGUUAGACAUCAAGACCAUGAAGGUCGUUGAGCUACGUUCUGAAUUGGCCGCUCGAGGGCUUGAUUCGAAGGGGAUCAAGACCCUGCUUGUGCAACGUCUCGAAGAAGCCUUAGAUAAGGAGAAGGAAGCCGAUGGCGGUGAGCCACCUGCAGAGGAACAGCCGGCCGUAGAGAAACCCGAGGAGAAUACCGAGGAAGCUUCAAAGGUCACCGAGGAACGCAAAGAAGGCAUCAAGCCGGCUGAGGAGACCGAGACGCAGAAAAAGGCCCGUGAAGAGGAGGAAAAGAAGAAGAAAGAGCAGGCAGAGAAAGAACGAGCUGAGAAGAAGGCGAGCUUGGAGAAGAAAUUCAGCUACCCCGCCGAGCCAAAAGCUUUUGUCUGGCCACAUCGCGAAUUCAAGGGCGGCAAAUUCGACUGCAAAGUCGUCCCACUGAAGGCUUUAUUGGACUAUCGCCCCGAAGACAACAAAGAGCACCAAUUCGAGGCCUCCCUAUUUGCUGAGUCUAUCAAGGAACUCUUCGAGCGUCAUUACGGUCAAGUCAUUGGCGAUGCUAUUGUCCGCGCCAACGAUCGUGAAGAAGAGCACAAGAGACGUCAAGAAGCGUAUAAGCCGGACCCCGCGGAGGACAAGGAAAAGGCCGAUGCUGAUGUGGUGGUUGUUGAGGAUAGCAAGAAGGAAGAGAAGAAGCUCGAUUUGAAGCCUCGCAUUCAGAAUGUCAAGCUCUUCGAAGCCUUCGCUUUUUACGACCCUAAUCUGCUCGGAUAUCUCCAAGAGAGUGAUCUCGAAGAGAUUCUCAGCGCCACGCAACCUGGAUACAACCGUUCGGUCGUCAAGAAGAUUGCUUCCAAGCUCAGCCGCCACGACAAGGUCAACUACCGCGCCCUCACCGACCAACUGCUUGACAAGGACGGAAAUGUUCGCUUCGUUCCUGGGCAACUCGACGAAUCACCGCUCGUGACCCUCAUCAACGCAUUUGAAGGGCACAUCAAAGAUGAGGAGGCGUCGACACAAACAAACGGCACAUCAUCCGAUUCCGGUGUGGUUGUUAUCGACGGAUGUGUGGUCAAUGUCGAGCAGAAGCUGGCAGAGAUGAAGAAACUUGAUGCCGAGAAGCAAACCGCCCUCCAGAAACUUGCCCAAGCCGAGUCUACUAACAAGACGCUGAAGGAGACACGAGAUCAUCUGGAGAAGAGGAAGAAGCGUCUUGAAGAGGACGUCGAGCGCUACAGAAGGAAGAAGGACGAGGCGGAGAAACACUUGAAAUCCGCGACUGACGAUAGCGCAGGCGUCCGAACGGCUCUCGUCGAUGCGAAGAAGUUUGCCGAGAAGCUGCUCGACGCGUUGAACAAGGGAAUGCCCGAGGAGAAGAAGAAGGAGGAGAAGAAGGAAGAGAAGCCGGUGUUGAAUGGCGCGUCGGACGUUACCCAGGAGUUGGACGACGACGAAAUCGUGUUGGCCGAUUCGGUCGGCGAUGAGAAGAUGGACACGGCCGCGAUUGAGGCGAAAACGGAAGAGGAAGACAUCAGCCUGGAAGAGAUCUCGGCGGCCACGGAAAAUGGCAGUGCUGAAACCGUUGCC